AUGACGACCCCACCCACACUGAGGAGGAACUAUGAAGUAAUGGAAAAUGUCAUGCGUGUGCUGUUGGUGCAUACUCGCAAGUGCUCCCUGAUAGUUUUGCCUGUCAGAGCCUGUUUUCAGAUGAAGCAUACAAAUGAUGUUACAUAGUCUCUGAGUGUGCAUGUUUAACUUGACCUAAUGCCACUGAUAUGCUUCUUUCUUUGUUAUAUGUAUAGCCCACAUGGGUCCUCUUUGUCUGGGGGGCCCCAAAGUCUCUUGAAACACCCCUGUGGUCAGACUGAACCUGCCUCUCAGGCUUUAACUACAUGUUUUAUUAUCAGAGCAGAUACAAAGCCAAGAUGCAUUAAAGACCCAAACUGUAAGGUAAAUCAUGUUAUAGAGUUUAGUGUUCAUGAAUAAAUGGACUUUACAAGGUGGUGGUAUCACAAGAAUAGCAAAAUGAGGCAACUUUAUAUUAGGGAACCUGUGUUGGUUAAUAAGUGUUCCAACUACUAGUGAAUUAGUAGUGAUCAAGAUGUCACAUAAUUAACGCAAGUAAAGUAAGACUUAAUUUAGAGUUAUUUGGACACUAUUAACACUUAGAGUUUUGUGUUUUGUUAUGUAAGAACAGACCAUAUUCAUGAGGUAUUCUAGUGAUACUACCACCUUAUAAAGUCCAUACUAAGCAAAGCAUAUUGAGAUUGUAAUUCAUAUGCAACAACUUACUUACAACCCUACCUACUACAAAUAAGCAAUAAUUGUGAGAUUAUUGAGGGAAAACUCUUAGGUAAUGGCUUACUGGUUGUCUAAAAAAGCCAUGCAGAAUAAGGCUUAAUAGUACUUAAUAAUGACUUAUUAAUUUGCAUGCUAAUAAGCAACUAAUUAAUGGGGAAUAUGUGUUCCCUAAUCUAAAGUGUUACCUGAAUGAAUACUAUCCAGCAAAACAGAAGAGAGAAAACUAGAUUUUGUCUUGUGUGAGAUUAUGAAAAGUGAUUUGAACUUACUCUCACAGAGUGUCUGUGGGAGGGCUUUGUGGGUGGUAAAUGACUUGGCAGCUGAGGCUUGGUCUUUUUAGACAGAGGUGCUCAGACACAGUUAAACACCUCCUUCAUGCAGAGGCAAUACAUGCACACACACAGUCUUGUCUCACACCUGCACCAUGAGCUGUGACCAGAACUACCCUUUCCCCGAGGUGUUCCUCGUGGAGAGUGGCGGAAGUCCACAGCGCUCUGCCCAGCCUCCAGGUCUCCAGGCCCCCAGCUGGUCAUUCCCCGCUGCACAGGAGAGGGUGAGGAGCCGUGGGAAGAGUCGAGGCUUCAUGGGAGUCAGCCCCAGCCUGGCCAUGAUGGUGUUGAUGCUGUUCCUGCUUGUGUUCGCAGCGCUGGGCUUUGAAGCUUUCCAGGUUCACAACAUGCAGACAGAACUGGCAGAGCUGAGAGGAAGUGGACAGAGUGAACCCCCCCCAGAGAUAAUUGCACCCCAGAAGCAAAUUGGCGACUUUAAACCUAAAGACAAAGAAAACAGACUGGCAGCUCAUGUGAUAGGACGGAUUGAAAAUGGAGGAUUCCGUGAGACUUUGCGGUGGGAGCCAAAGGUCAGUCGAGCGUUCAUAUCCGGAGGAGUGACUUACCGGAUCGAGGAUGGAGGCCUGCAGGUCAACGAGAGCGGACUCUUUCACAUUUACUCACGCGUGGAGCUGAUCUUUAAGACAUGUUCCCCCAAGUCCUCGUUCGUUCACUCCAUGUUCAUGAGGAGGAAAGGGCAUCCCUCGCCUCUGACCCUGAUGAACGCCAACAGAGCCGGUUUCUGCUCUCAUCAGCCGCAACACCCCUGGACCUCAGAGAGUUACCUGGGUUCGGCCAUGCAGCUGCAGAAAUAUGACACGGUUUUUGUGAAUGUGUCGCACCCGAGACUUCUUAGUCAUGAACGCUACGGCAACUUCUUUGGUCUCUACAAGAUAUGACGAGUGUGUGUGGUGCAGUGAUGGGCUUUGAGUUUGAGCAUUCAAAAGAAAGACGGUUGCGGACGUGAAUGAAUCUUACUCAUCCCUUCACCCAAGUGAUUCAAAUGUUGACUCUUCUUCCUCUGAUGUACAAUAUGUGAAGAGCGUGCGCUUUUGAAUUGGUUGUUAUAUGAAGCAGUUACACAAAAAGUGAUGAAUAAAUAUUGUGCCUUUUGUUAAAGGUCCAGUGUGUAACAUCCAACAGGGGUUUUUUGUGUAAAAAAU